AUGAUCCAAGGGCUUGGGGCCAGUCCUGGCACCAUUUUCUGGCGUCACGCCGCUCCCCGGCGCUUUGCAACCCUCAUAGCUGAUCCGCACACGAGACACGGCGAGGACGUGUUGUCUGGUAUAAUCGCUCUGCUGCAUGGGUAUCUGCACCGGUAUCGAGGGGUCCGCGAGGACCCAGCGACGACGGAUAGACCUCAUUCAGCCGGUCUCAGGGCCUUCAUUUCGCGUGUUGGCGAAUGGGACAAACUCGAUCUCUCACUCCAAGUGGAACAAUAUGUCAGAAUGGCCAUGAUCAUGACGAACCUCAGACUUGGGUCAUAUCUAGACGACCUCGAAGCAAGCAGCGUUGGCCGGGAAUCCCUCCAUGAUUGGCAUGCGGAAGUCAAUCAAGUUGCCUCACUGUUCUCCCAGAUGGAUGCCUGGGCCCUGCAACAUGAUCAAACUUGGGCGCUAAAAUAUUCGAUUCCCCGGCUGGACAAACUUGGACAGCUGCUUGCACCGAGUUCCGGGAUCUGCAACCAUUGCCACAGGCUAUUCAUUCUGGUGUGGCUUGGCUUGACGCGAUGGCAUUCAAGAAGCAAUCCAGGACAAUACGAGGAUAUCCUCCAGGCUCUGAAUCAUCGAUUUCAAAGCCUGCCAUGUCAAGCCUUGCCGGAUUUCUCAUGGGCGAUUGUGUCGUCUCAAGUCGGAGACCCAAAGAGCCAUGGGCAGGCCAUUGACAUCCUCAAAUUCUUGCAUCUGACAAGGCCUUCGACACAAGAGUAA